GGACUGGGCGGGAAUAGCCCCGAUCUGCCUGGCGGAGCCUCGCCUUCCAAGUGUCUUCGCUUAUUGGCGGCGGGGGAGUCUCGAGGAGCCAAUCAGAAGUCAGGACUCACGCGCUCGGAGGAGGGGCGGACCCAGACGCGACAAGUUGGGCGCGACUUCCCAGCGGGAGCACAGGACCGCGGCCGCAGUCCCCGGCUGCUCGAGAGCUGGAUCCACGUCAGGACCUCGGGUCGUUGCGGGUUUUAAAAUUCAAAAAUGGAAAUUCUCACGUUUAUACAAAGAAAUAUGAAGAAUAAAUUAUUUUAAUAAACCACAGUCGCUAUAAGAGAAAAGGCAUGAACAGUGGACUCAGACAAAUCUGAUUUGAAUUUGAGCUUUACAGUUUACUACCUGUGCAAGCUGGGGCAAGUUACUCAAUUUCUCUUAAGUUUUGGGUUUCUAAUCUGUAAAUAGAAAUAAUGUCAAGUGGAGAUGGUCAGCAAUCAAAGGCUCUUACCAAGCCCUCUUUCAGUGAGGUACAAGCCUCUGCAUUAGUGGAAUCAGUAUUUGGGUUAAAAGUUUCCACGAUCCAGCCACUUCCUAGCUAUGAUGACCAAAACUUUCAUGUAUGCAUUGCAAGAACCAGAGUCACUACAGAUGGCCCAAAUGAAUGUGUCCUCAAAAUAAGCAACACUGAAUCUAGCAAAACUCCAGACCUGAUUGAAGUACAGAGUCAUAUCAUCAUGUUUCUGAGAGCAGCUGGAUUUCCAACAGCCUCUGUGUGUCGUACUAAAGGAGACAACAUAACCUCUCUCGUGUCUGUAGAUAGCGGCUCCGAAGUCAAAAGCUACUUGGUGAGGCUGCUGACUUACCUCCCAGGAAGACCCAUAGCUGAGAUUCCCAUUGGCCCUCAGCUCUUAUAUGAAAUUGGAAAGCUAGCUGCUAAGUUGGAUAAAACACUGGAGAAAUUUCAUCACCCAAAGCUAAGUAGUCUUCAUCGGGAGAACUUCAUCUGGAAUCUCAAAAGUGUUCCUCUUCUGGAGAAAUACCUCUAUGCCUUGGGCCAGAAUCGGAAUCGAGAGAUUGUUGAACAGGUCAUUCAGCUGUUCAAGGACGAAGUGAUGACCAGUCUAAGUCAUUUUAGAGAAUGUAUCAUUCAUGGAGAUCUUAACGACCACAACAUUUUAAUAGAGUCCAGCAAGUCAGACUUUGGAGAUGCUGUAUAUCAGGUGUCUGGGAUUUUAGAUUUUGAUGACAUGAGCUAUGGCUACUAUGUGUUUGAAGUGGCGAUCACCAUCAUGUACAUGAUGAUUGAAAGCAAGACUCCUAUACAAGUAGGAGGUCAUGUCCUUGCCGGGUUUGAAAGUGUGGUCCCGCUGACUCCUGUGGAGAGGGGUGCUUUGUUUCUACUUGUGUGCAGCCGUUUUUGUCAGUCACUUGUCCUAGCUGCAUACUCUUGCCAGCUAUACCCAGAGAAUGAAGAGUAUCUCAUGAUUACUGCAAAAACCGGGUGGAAACACUUACAGCAAAUGUUUGACAUGGGCCGGAAAGCUGUAGAAGAAAUCUGGUUUGAAACUGCCAAGUCCUACGAAGCUGGAAUCUCCAUGUGACUAAAGAUUCACAUUAACUUGAGUAAUGAAGAACCAAUAGGACCUAAUCUAAUUCCAUAAAGGGUUUUCCUGCACAGUUAAAGACGAAUUGAUGAAACAUUUCAAUGCACAUGUAACCACUAAGGUCUUCUAGUAAUUUCAUGACCAUUUUUUAACCUAAGAAAGUACUGCAUGAGCAAGCAUGUCUUUCUAUGGGUUUCACUUGCCUUGUGUAUCAAACAUGCAAAGUGAUAUUUUGAAUCAAAUAAUCUCUCAAGAUCAAUGAUUUUUCUUAACUUUGAAAGGAAUAUAUAUGUAUAGACAUAUUCACAUAUAUUAGAUAAGUGAAUGCAACAUACAGACCUAGUUAACGUAUCACCAGUUCUAUGAAGCCUUAUCCCAUCUCUUCAUUGUUCAUAAUCUCUUUGUACCCUUUUUCUAUGGCACAUCACUUGGUAUCAUGGGUGAUGGCCAUGUAGUCAUCUAGUCUAAGAGCUAUUUGAGGGCAGAAACCAUGUAAAUUGUUUUUUUGUCUUUCAUCCAUUCUUACACUGGUAUAGUGCCUUUCUAAUGGUCUUUAAAAAUAUUUUCAAAAUUAAUGUAUCCUAGAAGAAAGGCUGGAGAAAAUAAGGCACACACUAAAAUGCCUCAGGAGAAAACAGAGAUGGUUUUCAUAAGAGAAAGCUUUAACUUGUUUGAGAGGGCAGUUGAAACUGAAACUCCAGAGGCAGAUGCCAGAACUCACUGGAACUGCAAGUAAGCAAAUAAGACACCCAGACAAAGCCACUAACUCGUGAGGUAUCUAAACAGUUUUCACACUGAUACCAAGAAAGACCCUAAGCAGAUAUUUUUAAAUCCUCUACCAUUUGUUUCUUUUCAUAUGAAUAUAUAAUAUUGGAGAACAUAGCUUAUGUAUACUUGACUUUAUUCAUACCACUGUAUUUCCUUCACUGAUUUCUGGUCAUGUCUCCCUUAGUAUGAUAAACAGUAAGUAGUCAUUUACUUAGUCUUGUCAAUGUAGCUCUCCAUUCUCUGUAGAUGACUCAAGUCUAGAACCCAGGCCAUUCAAACACCUUUUUAGUAGUUAUCUCUUUUGAUAUAUAUAUAUAUAUAUUCAUAUAAAACCAUCUAAUGACCUACCUACAGAGCUAUCUAUUCUCUCCAAACUAGGUCUCUGAAUUUUCCUGUAUCACUCAUUUGUAUCAUUCUUAUGUUCACCUUUAACUUCUCUGUGCCUCAGUCUCCUUGUCUGUGAAGGUAAAGUAGCACCUAUCUUAAAGUUCCUAUAACACUUACCUCAAGGAGUUAGUUGUGAGGAUUUCUUAGAGAUUAAUGCAAAGUUCUUAGCACAAAGCUUGGCACAUAUAAAAGACUUAAUAAAUAUUUACUAAGUGAAUGAACCAGGUUACCCAAACUCAGAAUAUUGGAGUACUUUUCUUUUUGCCUCAUAUUCAGUCAGUGAUCUGAUUCUUAGGAAUCAGAAUUUUAGAUCAGUAAAUGACGAUCAAAUCCCUCUUCUUCCUGCUGUACUGUUUAGCAAUGUAUAAUAAAACAAUUAUUGAGUAUUAAGUAUUUAAAAGAAAACUCUGCUCUCACAACAAUUCUGACACUAAAUGUGUGGGGUUUUCCCCCCACAUUAAACCAUUUGACACUAACUAUUUAGAGCUAAAGCAGACCCCCCAGGUUAAGGGCACAGUCCCUCAAAACUGCCUCCACUUCAGAUGCUAGCCCCAAGUCCCAGGUUGUGCUUCUGACCAACUGCCCACAAGUUGGGGGUUCUCAUGACCCCCUCCUCAGGUUCUAUAAUUUGCUAGGACAGCUCACAGAACUGAGGGAAAUGCUUACUUAUGUUUAUUAGUUGAUUAUAAAGGGUAUGAUAAUAAAAGAUGAACAGACAGAGGAAGAAGUAUAUAAGGUGAGGUCCAUAAGGGUCCUGAGCACUGAAGCUCUGUCUGUCUCGAGUUGCAGAGCACCAUAUUCCUGGCAUGUGGGUCUGCUCACCAACCCAGAAGCUCCUGAACCUCUUUGGUUAGGGCUUUUAUGGAGGCUUCAUUAUGUAGGUAUGGUUGAUCAAGUCAUUGACCACUGGUGGUUAAAUCAAUCUCCCUCCCUUUCCCUCCCCAGAAGGCAGGAGUGAGGCUGGAAGUCCCAGUCCUCUAGUCACUGGGUUGGUUCCGCUCAUAACCAGCCCGCACCCUUCAUGACUCACCUCGCUAGCAUAAAUUCAGAUGUAGCCGAAAGCGGGUUAUUAUGAAUAAAGAAGACACUCCUCUGUCCCCUACCACUCAGAAAAUUAGAAGAGUUUUAAAGGCUUUAAAACGGGGACAAAGACCAAACAUAUAUUUCAUGUUAUAUCACAGUACUUUACAUGCAUUAUCUUAUUUAAUCUCCACUAUAGACCCAUGAGAGAAGUACUCUUAUGAUUAAUUCCCAUUUUCAGAUGAGGAAAUAGAUGCUUAAAAAGUUGAAGGAGUUUUGCUCCAAGAGAACCAGGUACCCAUACCACUUCCUCUCCCUUCCUCUCCUCCCUCUGGGCUCACACACACACAUACACCCUGUGUUAGGACAGUCAAAUGAGAUCAUUCACAGAAAAACACUUAUGCUUCUCAAAUUUAAGGGGUUGUGAUUUUUAUCUGCUUUGACCAUUCAGGAAACUGGGGACUAGAAAAAUGAACUAAAGCUUGUAUUUCACUCCCAGACCACUAUUCAUUUUCUUACACCAUGAAACUCUAGAUUUAUGAGAGUUCAAGAUUUCCUGCUUGUUUGGUCCUCCUGCUAACAUGGGUUCUCUUUCCCUGAAUUAUAAAUACAAAUAUUGCUGACCACCCUUUCAAUUAAAUACUUGCUGCCUUGCA